UACAACAUUGCGUAACAACAGUUUCUCUAUACUACAUACGGCACAAGAGUUAAUAUCCUUUAUAUCAUUACGAAUUUGAGAUUUGCCAAGAGGGGAGGCCAUUGCUCGACAAUACCACACCAUGCCACUAAUUGUGAUUAGAACAAACAUCCUGAGAUCCUCUAUACCAGAGGGUUUUCUGAAAGGAUUUUCCAAGGUUUACUCCGAGGCUGUGAACAGAGAAGAAAAGCUCGUGAACUGUAGUCUGUUAGCCGGCGUUGAGAUGGUCAAGAGUGGAACCGAAGAACCAGCUUGUGUUAUCACGAUAAGAAACACACAAUCACAGGACACGAACGGACGCCGAGAAACUACCAAAAAGAUCUUCGCCUAUAUGCAGGCUCAACUGAAACUCACGGACGAUAUCAUGACUAGAUUCAACACAGUCUAUCUUACUCCGGGACUAGAUGAGAUCGGGACAAGUACAGGACUAGCAUGCGACAGAAAAUGAU